AUGACUCAGAACGACGAUUAUGUUUUAGGCCGAGGUAUUAUGGACUCGGUUAGGCUAGAUGCACAGCACCUUCUCUGGAAACUCCAUAGAGGCUAUGAGCUACAUCCCCAUAUCCCUGUAACUGAGUAUAUGAAGAUUGCUGAGCUUGGAACAGGGACGGCGGUUUGGAUAUUUGACCUUGCAAGACAGCUUCCACCGACAGUUCAGCUACACGGUUUUGACAUAUCCGAAAGUCAAUUCCCGGAAAAGGGACUAUGGCCCCAAAAUGUUACGCUAGGGGUUCUGGACUCUUUGGUUGAUCCGCCUUCGUCUCUUUCUGGUCAAUAUGAUGUGGUGCAUCUGCGGAUGUGGGCGAGCAAUCUGCGGGAAAGUGAUAUAUCAACAUUGACUAGCCACGUGAAGCACCUCUUGAAGCCCGGAGGGUAUAUACAAUGGGAAGAUGCCGAUUUGGUACACCAACGUAUCAAAGGUGCAGAAGCGGAAAAGUUUGAGCGAAACAUAAACGAGAUUUUCAAAAAAGUCGGGCUUGACUACAGCUGGGUCUCGAACCUGCCAAACAGUUUGCGAAAGCAGAACUUUGAGAUCAUCGAGUCGGAAACUGGAUAUUUCAAGCCUGAGCUAGUGCAACUCUGCACAAACACUUAUUUGAUGGCUCUCCGUGAAAUCAUACAGGGUAUCAAGAGAAUACUCUCGCAUGAAAUGCUACUUUCGAUCACCGAACAAGAGUUGGCUCUAUAUCAGUUGUCUUUGCAGAACACAGGGUCUAUCUACAACUGGUCUCCCUUAGUGUUAUUGGCACAAAGUAGCGGAGUUGAUGUUUGA